AUGUCUUCCAAGAAGUGGGUCAGCAUCUGUCUUCUAAACACCAUGUCUUCCACCUUGAGUAUCCGGAAUGCUAGUCUCUCCUGGGGCAAGUGGCACGAGGAUGGAGACCAGGACAACGAGAUCUCGAACUCAGAGGUGGACAAUAAGACGGCCCGAUCAAAUGAGUCUGUUAAGAUCAAUUCAUGUGGCCGAGAAGGCUCGCCGUCUGGAACGAUGGGCGGUUUCGAAAUAUACGACGGUGAAACCAAGAUUGGCAAGAUCCACUGGGACUGCCCUUGGGGUGGAGAUAAUGAAUUUGUCGUCGAUGAACGGGACGAAGGAUACAUGGUCGAUGUCGGAUCGUGGAGCAGCCAGGAUGCCAUAGGCACCGUUCAGGUUGCAGUUGAUAAGUUGGACUGA